CUAACACAUGUGAGCUGCUGGCAAGCCGACCCCUUUUCAUAUACGGAUAGGUCAUCUGUGUAAUCGUACCUCACUGGUUUCCAAGUUCGCCUCUAACUGAUUGUCAGGUAAGCCAUGCCAUCAGUACCAUCUAGUUCAGAGUCAGUUGGGACUGGUCCCAUCUGCCCACAUGCUGCCAAGGUCCUCUCAAAUGCUGCAAAUGGAGAAUCUGGCAUCAACAUGGAUGCCAAGCUGAAAGUCGAUUCCGUCUUGAAUGGAAAUGCUGGACAAAAGUUAAAUGUGAACGGCACAGCCCAUGCGAAUGAAACAAACAGUCACCAUGUGAAGAGUAUUAAUGGAGAGCUCAUGGAGAAUGGAUCGGAGAUCACCAUGGAGAGGAAAUGGAUUCGACCAGAUUUGCCCAGCAGAUGCACUUGGAAACUUGGUGACCCAAACACCGAUUCACCCCACAACCACUUCCAACGGACUGAGACACCCAGGAUCCUCCCUAACAUCUUAAGCAAGAUUGGAGAGACCCCACUGGUCCGAAUGAACAAGAUUCCCAAUGCUUUUGGCCUCAAGUGUGAGAUUUUGGCUAAAUGCGAGUUCUUCAAUGCCGGUGGAAGCGUGAAGGACCGAAUCAGUCUGCGAAUGGUAGAGGAUGCUGAGCAAGAUGGCAUCCUUAAACCUGGAGACACUAUCAUUGAACCCACGUCAGGAAACACAGGUAUUGGACUUGCCCUGGCAGCAGCAGUCAAAGGUUAUCGCUGCAUCAUUGUUAUGCCUGAAAAGAUGAGCAUGGAAAAGGUGGACGUUCUCCGUGCUCUGGGUGCAGAGAUUGUUCGUACUCCUACCUCUGCCCGUUUUGACUCUCCUGAGUCUCAUGUGGGUGUGGCUUGGCGUUUGAAGAAUGAGAUCCCUAAUGCUCACAUUCUGGACCAGUACCGUAAUCCCAGCAACCCCCUGGCCCACUAUGACACCACUGCAGAGGAGAUUCUGCUCCAGUGCGAUGGAAAAAUAGACAUGCUGGUGGCUGGAGCUGGCACUGGUGGCACCAUCACUGGUAUCGCCCGCAAGCUGAAGGAGAAAUGCCCUGAUAUCAAGAUAGUUGGAGUGGAUCCUGAGGGCUCCAUCCUUGCUGAGCCUGAGGAGCUGAAUAACACUGAUAAGACUCAGUAUGAGGUGGAGGGCAUCGGAUAUGACUUCAUCCCCACUGUUCUGGACAGAUCUGUGGUGGAUAGUUGGUACAAGUCCAAUGAUGAGGAGUCCUUUGCCAUGUCUCGUAUGCUAAUCAGAGAGGAGGGUCUUCUGUGCGGCGGCAGUUCAGGCACAGCCAUGUCUGCAGCAGUGCAUGUGGCCAAAGAGCUGAAGGAAGGCCAGCGUUGUGUGGUGAUCCUUCCUGACUCCAUCCGCAACUACAUGUCUAAAUUUCUUAGUGACAAGUGGAUGUGUGAAAAGGGCUUCCUGAGUGAGGAGGAUCUUGUUGUCAAGAAGCAAUGGUGGUGGAAUCUGACUCUACAGGAGCUCCGACUCUCCGCCCCCCUGACUGUGCUUCCUUCAGUGUCCAUCAAGAAGACCAUUCAGAUCCUGAAAGAGAAGGCCUUUGACCAAGCACCCGUGGUGGAUGAGGCUGGGCAGAUUCUGGGCAUGGUCACGUUGGGGAACAUGCUCUCGUCGGUUCUGGCUGGGAAGGUUAAGCCAUCUGAUCCCAUAAGCAAAGUUCUCUACAAACAGUUUAAACAGGUGCGCCUAACUGAUAACCUGGGCAAACUCUCACGUAUCCUGGAGACGGACCAUUUUGCCCUUGUUGUGCACGAACAGAUUCAGUACAUGAGUAAUGGAUCCCCCAAGAUGAGGCAGAUGGUGUUUGGGGUAGUGACCGCUAUUGACCUGCUGAACUACGUGGCCACACGUGAGAGGAGGGAACGCUCUCUGUCCGAGUGCUCUAUGUCUGAAGAGCAGUGAAUGAUCUUGAGUGUGGGAACGCAAUGGUGAUGCGCUGUUGUGUUUCUCUCUCGCUCCUUUUUUUUUUUUUUUUUAAUUCUUUUAUUUCUCGGUUAGUGACAAGCUCAGUUUUAUUUUUUUUUUAUUAUUAUUAUUAUUUUAUUUUUUUUACAAGUAAGAGUCAGUCAAUAUAAUUGUACUUGUUAUGUACUUGGUUUACUUGAUUUUGCUCUUAAUUGGUCUCACUUUUUUUUUUUUUUUUCAGUUUAGAUGCUUUGUUAACCAGUCAACAUAAUGAAGUAAUCUCACAGGUCAUUUAUCCCCCCUUUGCAAAUCUGAUUUUAUAGAGGUGUAUAUAUUCAAAUUAAUGAACUUCAUUCCUUCAAAAAACUGCAUGCAGUUUAGUAUUUUUGGGUUUAGUUGAAGUGUUCGAUUCAGGUGCUCUCUUGUCUGAUCUACAGCUACGUUGCCACCUAGUGACUGAAAUAGUUUACAACAAUCAUGGAGACUUCUAUCCUCAUCAAUCAUGCUCUGCUUCUUGGCACAAUGAUCUCAGCAGUGUGUGGGGAGUUUUGCAGGCAUGAUUAAUAAUAUUUGACGAGGCAAAUAAGUGUGUUUGGUAAACCGAACUGCACCCAGACAGGGCUACUUGGUAUUUUUCUUGUAUUGAAACAAGAAGCGAUAAAGAAUGUAAAUAAAUAAUGCUGGUUCGGACUUGCUGAAAACACACCACUUUGUGUUUAGCCAUUUUGAUAAUUAUUUUCAUUUUUCUUUGUUCUUAUUGUCUGUUGUCUUGUAAAUCAAAGCUGUAAUUUCUGGAGAUUGAAUAAGAUUGUUUGUUUGUAUGAGUCGAUGCGAAGUGAAUGUGCAUUGGGUUGAUCUCGUGUAUGGUUUUUGUGCAUGCUGCUGGAGGUCUCUGGAUCAGAAUGUCUUUACUCUCCUGCUAUGAUGUUCUGUUAUUUGAUUAAGCUUUUACUUGAAUCUUAUUGCUGUAGCAAAUGCUGGUUACAAAUAAAGGCUUUAUUUCUGGAA